AAUUGUACAAAAAGAUAGCAAAGUUGUACUUGACAAUAUGAAAAAAGCUAAAGAGUUGGUAGAUGGGUUUAAGAAUGCAUAUACAGCAGCUAUGUUCAAUGAAAUUAGGGAGAAAGAGAAUAGAGAGGCAGUGGAAAUCCUUGUAAUUAUAUCAAAGAACGCUAUCUUUAGGUGGUAUAUCCCGCCUAAUCCGGAAUUGUACAAAAAAGAUGGCAGAGUUGCACUUAGCAAUAUGAAAAAAACUAAGGAAUUGGUAGCUGAAACAAAGCAAU